AUUACGUGUGUUACAUUCAAAAAUUGUGCAACCAAAUCCUAUUGAAAUUCAGAUGCUUCUAGAAGAUUCAAACCUUUUUUGUGUCGGAAUUUUAAUUCUUCAAAGUCAAAAUUGAAAACCCUAAAAAUGAAAUUUCCCCAAAUCUGAAUGGAAUCCUAUGCCCUAACCCACUUCCCCUUAUCGGACUAUCCACUUACGACGGUUCCCGGAACCUCCGUUCAUCGUUUUUCUUCGCCGGCGACUGAGCCACCGUGUCCGUUCAUCUUUAAGAAGGAAAUAGGGAAAGUAAAAGCGAGAAACUGGGGAAGCGAAAGAAAGUGAAAAGGAGAGUGGGGGAGAUGGAGAGUUCGGGGUCAGGUGCAGUUGUUGGAUCCAUUGUAUGGGUUCGAAGAAGGAACGGUUCGUGGUGGCCGGGUCAAAUUCUUGGCCCCGAUGACCUUUCUGCUUCUCAUCUCACCUCACCUCGUUCUGGAACUCCCGUUAAACUUCUUGGUAGGGAAGAUGCCAGCGUAGAUUGGUACAAUUUGGAGAAAUCCAAGCGUGUGAAGGCGUUCCGAUGUGGUGAAUUUGAUGGAUGUAUUGAAAGGGCGGAGUCUUCCCAGGGUAUGCCGUUAAAGAAAAGAGAGAAAUAUGCACGCAGAGAGGAUGCUAUUCUCCAUGCUCUUGAACUCGAGAGGCAAAUGUUGAAGAAGCAAGAAAAAUUAGGAGCAGGACAAGUAGGUGUAGCUUACCGAGCAAAGAGGAGCAGAUGUGGGUAUUUCCCUCCAGAGUCUAGUGAUUCGCUGGAUAACAAGGAGACUUCAGCCAAUGUUGCAAUUUCAGCUCCCCAACUUGGAGGGGAGUAUGCUUAUUGCAGUUCUCUGGCUGAAGAGAGUGAAUCUGCUUUUAUGGAUGAUGAGGUUGAAUCUGAUUCAUCUGAAACUGGUUCUGCUAAUUCGGAUUCAGAUUCUUCUGAAAUAGAACUAGAAAAGGAUGAAGAGAUGACUAUACUUUCAGGAACUGGUCAUGAUGCUGAAGAACAAGAAAGCACUAGCAGUGAGGAACCUGAUGAGUUGGCAAUUUCUAGUGACAUGCCUCACCUCUAUCCUCGUGAACAAGUAGCAUAUAAUGAAGCUGUAUCCAAAUGGAAGUUAAAAGGAAAAAGGAAUCAUCGUAAUCUUGUAAAAAGGUCUGUUGGAGCUGCUGAUAGGAAAAGUGCUGUUUUAUAUGGAACAGGUGUUGAAGGACAAAGAAACCGCAUAAACCACAAGAGAUUGGAGCCUAGUUUAUAUUACUAUGGAAAUGAUAUCAGUGAUGUUUUUGAUGACACUGAUCAGAUGUUUGGGUUGGAAGAUGAAUAUGCCCCAACUUCUAAAGCACUAGCAAAAGGUCCAAAUAGAAUUCGUCAUGGUGUUGAUUGGGAUGAAUGGGCUUGGGAGGAUCAGUCUUCUCUGAGAGGAUUUUGGGAUGUUAAAGGGCUUGCUCCGCUAUAUGGUGAUCAUUAUCAGUUUGAUGGAAGGAUGGGCUCGAUUCUGGUAGAUGUGGACUUGAAGGUUCAAGCAAGCUAUCGAAAAGCACCUGUCCCCAUUGUUUCUAUCACGAGUAAGUUAGAUGGGAAGUCAAUAAUAGGGCACCCAAUCCAAAUUGAAGCACUUAAGGAUGGUUCAUCUGAUAAUAUUUUUUCUGCGAUUGAUGACCUUAGUAACGAUGGGAUUGGCUUUGAGGCAAGUAGUGUACUUCCACCAGUUUGGAAGACUGCAAGGAGAACAGCUAAUUUUCGUGUUCCUCGUCCUCAUAUAUUGUCAUCUAAUGGUGCUGAGACUGAUGCAGAUUUUUCCAUAGAUCAAGAAAGAAAUAUUGACUACAAGAAAUUAAAUAGUGGAAAUUCCAGUCAUAAGGCAAGCCUUUUGAGGAGGAGUGGCCUUAGCAGUCCUGGGCCUUCAAUGAAGUCCUUUAAAAAGUUGCCAAAGAAAGUGAGCUUGUCAUCCAGUCAGAAAACUAGAACGCUAUCCUCAUUAUCUAUUGAAAAUAAUCUCGGUAAAAAGCCAUUAUAUGAUAGAAGUUUUUAUCAAACUAAUAGAUUGAUUAAACCGGAGGUCUCUGGGCUCACUACGGUUGCUUGCAUACCAGUCAAGUUAGUAUUUAGUAGAUUACUUGAGAAGAUUAAUAGGCCACCUUUAAAAGCAGCUAAUAAUGCGGCUUUGUUGAAUAGCAGUGUGGAGAGAAAAUCGUAGCUUACAUGUACAUUAUUUUAUGAGAACAAUAACCUUAGUGGUAGCACAACAAUUUGUUGGUUAUGUCUUGUUUCUUUCCAACAUGAGAGAAAUCUUAUUCGAUUUAUUGUUAAUUUUGAGGAUGAAUAUGAAGUAUAGAUCCAAAUUCAUUCUGUAACUAGAUAAACAGAAGGUACAUGAAGUCAUUUUGCUGCCCCGUACGUACAGAUUUCUCAGAUGUUGGGUUUGUGAGGCAAUGAAAAGUUAAUCUUGCGUAGAAAGCAUUAUCAUC